ACUGUCCAGUAGGACGAUACGGAGACGACUGCUCCGGUCUGUGUCCUGUCAACUGUGGAGGCAGCGGGUGUAACAUUUCCGGCUUCUGUUACGAGUGCGAAGAUGGCUUUUUCGGAGAGCAAUGCGACAAGAACUGCUCGUCAACAUGUGCCAACAGCCGUUGUGACAUGAUCACGGGGAAGUGUUUCUCCUGCUUAGGAAAUCUCACAGGGGACUUUUGUACAAGUGGGUCGUUGACCAAGCAACAUGGAAUAUGA